GAGCAGCAGCCACCGUCCAAACCUGAAACGGCUCGCUCACACCGUCACACGGCUUUGCUUUGACUCGAGGCAGCGCCACGCCAUUCUCACCCCCUUGGCCCUUCCCUUCCUCCCUCCUCGAGCAAAGCACACGGAUGCACGGAGCAGAGCAUCUCGAUUCCCCACACGCACCCGCUCCACUCUCCGGCUCGCUCCAGAGAGAGGCAGACACCAAGAACCAACCACACCUCGCGAGCCCAGUCCAGCUCCAGCAAACAAACAAACGAAAGAAACACACAACAAACAUCGAACCAGGAAAAAGGGAGAGCAGCAAACCGACCCCCCGGAGAACGAGGCGCAGGCAGGCAGGCAGGCAGAGCUCCCAAUUUGCAGUCGAAGCAGCACUAGUGGGGGGUGGGGAUCGAGCGGCCGGCGAGCGGUUGGGGAGGGACGGAGAUGGGAGGGGUGACGUCGAGCGUGGCGGCGAAGAUGGCCUUCUUCCCGCCGACGCCGCCGUCGUACGCGCUGGUGGAGGACCCCGCGGCGGGGGUCACCACUCUCGCCGGCCAGCCGCACAGGGAGAACGUCGAGGUGCUGCGCCUCCCCACCCGCAGGGGGAACACCGUCGCCGCGCUCUACGUGCGACACCCGGACGCCGCAUCCACCGUCCUCUACUCGCACGGCAACGCCGCCGACCUCGGCCACCUCUACCAGCUCUUCCUCCACCUCUCCUUCAGCCUCCGUGUCAACGUCCUCGGAUAUGACUAUUCAGGAUAUGGACAAUCAUCAGGAAAGCCAAGUGAACAAAACACUUAUGCUGAUAUAGAAGCUGCUUACAAGUGCCUCAUAGAGAACUUUGAUGCUAAGGAAGAAGAAAUAAUUCUUUAUGGACAAUCUGUUGGAAGUGGACCUACUGUUGAUUUGGCCAGUCGAUUGAAGAGACUGCGAGCUGUUGUCCUGCAUAGUCCUAUAUUGUCAGGAAUGAGGGUUAUGUAUCCUGUGAAACGAACAUACUGGUUUGACAUAUACAAGAAUAUUGAUAAAAUCCCUCAUGUCACCUGCCCUGUGCUCAUCAUACAUGGUACUGCUGAUGAAGUAGUGGAUUGGUCCCAUGGCAAGCAACUAUGGGAGCUCUGCAAAGAGAAAUAUGAGCCUUUGUGGCUGAGAGGAGGGAAGCACUGUGACCUGGAGCUCUUCCCAGAAUAUCUCCGUCACCUGAAGAAAUUCAUACACAGGGUCCAGAAAUCACCGUCACACAGGCAUGCCUGGAGGGAAAGCGUGGAUCGGAUGGAACCAUCACGGAAGAGCCUCGAUUACUUUGAGCCCUCGCGGAAGAGCACAGACAGAAGGGAGAAAUCGAGGGCAACCCGAGACCGAAGCAUAACAGAUCACAGAUACAGCAACGUUGAGAAGACAGACAAUUCGAAGACCCCAUUCGAACAUUUCGAGAAAUCCAGGCGAAGUGUUGACAUCUUUGAGAGGCCGAAGAGGACCGUCGAGCAGCUGGACUGUGGCAGGAAGAGCGUGGAUAGAUUGGACCGGGUCUGGGCAAGUUAAAAAAAGGGAAAUGAAUGGCUGUUUUAACAUCUUAUACAAGGAGGUAUACAUGGGGCUUGGUUGUUUUGGGGGUGUUUUACUUGCUGUAUUUAUCUGUUCUUCACCCAUGUACUGGAAGAAGGUGUGGUAGCAUUAAGAGUUGGUUUGCUGAAAAAGAAACAAAAGGAAACGAGGGGAGAAGGAAGAGCUAACCGACUGAUGGUGUGCUAGUCUCUGUAAAACUUGUACCAGUGUUGUUUAUCUGGUCUUCAACAAACCGGUGGUGGUUGUUCUAUUCUGUUAAGAAAUGUUAAAUUAAACAGUUAAUUGA